GGUUUAGGAUAGUUUAAAAUAGAAUCAGCAAUGUCCAAAAAUACAUCAUACUUUUCAUUAGUCCUGGAUAUCCAGUCGCUUUUCUCUGACAAGAAGUCCCGCAUUUAAAGACGCGCUUCAUUUUUUAACAUAUUCUGUCUACCGAUAAAAAUGUCAGACAACGAGAGCUUUGAAUCAGCCACUGAACCAAAUUCUAAUCUGCCUAAAAUAACAAAGUCUGAUGAACAAAACAAUAUGAAACAUACACCUGAAACUGAAAUCGAAAAUCCAAUCACUAUAACAGAGAGUAAAAAUGAACUCCAAGAAUUGGAAGACAUUGAGUGUAAAGUUUCGCAUUGCACGGAAGAUGAAGUCGCAGAAAUGCCUACGAGAGAAAUAGACGCAGCUAUCAUUGAAAAUGCAAGAAUUAUCUGUGAAGCUGUAAAUGAGUCUAUAGAAAAGAAAGUGGAGGACAGCACAACAAAGCAAAAUGAGCUACCUCCAAAUGUUCCGGUAAUUCAGCAAGAGAUAUCCAUAGGUGCUGGAGAUACUUGCCUCGUGACAAGACAGGACAGAAGUGCUGAUGCUCAGAAACCGGAAGAACAAAUUGCUAUUACUGGCAUAAUCGAUCAGGUUAAACUGGAAAGUGAUAAACCAGUGAUAGAAAACGAUAAAAACGUAACUGAAACUGAACUUAUGAUAUCAAAGUUAAAGGAAGAAGUUCAGAAAACGAUCAAUGAACGAGACUCUUAUCAAAAGAAACUGGGAAACGUAGAAAAGAAAUUAGCGGAGUUGCAAGCGGCAUACGAUUCUCUGAUGAAGGGUGAAGGUAACGAGGUCAUGUUACGUCGAAUGGUGGACCAAUUAAAGGGGAAACUUAUUCAAACUUCGUUGCAAUUAGAGGAUCGAAUUCGUACAGUAUCUAAUCAGGAGAAACAAAUUAGCGCGUUGAACAGUCAGGUGGCUUCGCUAAAGGAAGUAGAAUCUCUUACCAGAAGUCUAUUGCAAAUUCGUAAUAUGGAAGUAAAACAUCUGCAGGCAGAAGUCGACGAUAUGGAAGUUCGAAUUUCUGAGGAACGUGAACGAUAUAACACAAUGAUUAACAAAAUGGAUGCUGCGGUGAAAUUAAAUGCAGACUUGAAGAAAGAAUACGAAACGCAGCUUUGUCUUUUCCGUGAUCUACGAGAAAAGUAUGAAGAGAAAGUUUCGUUGUUGUCAGAAGAAAAACGUGCACUUGAGGCUAACACACCAUCUCCUAAAUAAGAAUGUGUUUUGCACUCGUUGAAUUGUUUUGUAAUUUGUAUAAAAUAUAAACUCUGUUUAGAAACAA